AUGGGCUGUUCAAGAAUUCUGACAUGGACACUGAGUGUCCUCCUGAGCUGGAUGUGUGUGGAUCAAGCGGUGGCUGAACCGCAGUACCUGGUGGCCAUUCCUGCAGUUAUAGAAGCUGGAGCUGAGACCAAAUUUUGUGCAAGUCUUCUGCAGCCCAGUGAGACUGUGGUCAUGACUGUCACUUUGAUGUCCAGAGAGGAGAAUACAACCCUGCUCACACAUACAUCCAAUGAAGAUUUUCAUACUUGUACUCAGUUUAAGGCUCCUUUAGUGGAAGGAGAAAAGAUUCUGGAUUUUGAGGUGGAGGUAAGAGGAGACACAUUUCACUCAAAAGAAGUGAGAAAAGUCAUGAUCAAAGCCUACAAGGCCAGGACAUUCAUCCAGACGGAUAAACCCCUCUACCUCCCUGGACAAACAGUUCAUUUCAGGGUUGUUGCGCUGGACUCCAAGUUUAGACCUGUCAGUCAGCUGUGCAAUAUCAUUGAACUCGAGGAUCCCAAUAGAAACAGGAUUGGACAGUGGUUAAAUGAAGCAUCCAAUAAUAAAAUAUUGCAGCUUUCAUAUUCCUUGAACUCUGAGGCCCCUGAAGGAAUGUACCAAAUAAUAGUGUCUGUGGGUAAAGAUAAAUUUGGUCACAGAUUCAAGGUGGAAAAGUAUGUUUUACCCAAAUUUGACGUAACAGUAAAUGUAUCUGAAGAAGUGAGUAUUGGACAGGAAGAAGUUGAUAUUAAAUUAUGUGCAAAGUACACAUUUGGACAGCCUGUUCCAGGAAGUGUUACAGCUACGAUGUGCCGACCUCUUGAUCACUCUGGUAUCCUCGCUUCGAAACAGGCUCCCUGCCACACAGAGACCAAACGGGCAGACAAGACAGGCUGUACAGUUGUUACCUUCAAGAUGUCAACCUUCAAAGAAAUUCCCAAUAAAUUCCUUCGAGAUGAGCUGAAUGUCAGUGCCAAAAUAGAAGAGGAGGGAACAGGCAUUUCACAGGAACAAGAAAAGAGAAUAAGAAUUUCCUAUAUCCUUGGAAAAGUGUCUUUUGUUGAUAUCCCCAGGAUUUGGGAACCAGAAUCAAAUGCGGAAGGAAAAGUUAAAGCAGUAUACUACAAUGAUACACCCAUUUCCAAAGCACCUGUGUAUCUGUUUGUGGGAGAACAUGGGUCGGCACACUUGCUAAAAAAUCUAACAACUGACAGCAACGGUGUCGCUGAGUUUUCAUUCAGCACAGAUAACUUCGAUGAGGAUAUUAAACUCCAUGCAAUUCAGGCAACCCUGACACCAACCCUUAAUUAUCCAAUAUAUAAAACUGGUUUUUAUGAUAGUGGAUUUCACAUACUGUCUAAGUCCCAACCUCAAGUACAAGAUGCAAAAACAUUCAGCUCGCUGGAGGUGAAGAUGAAGGAUAAAAUCCUUUCCUGUGAUGCAGAAGAGGAUAUAUCUAUACGGUACACUAUAGUGAGGGAAGCAGCAAUCUCCAUAGAUGUGAUGUAUCUG